UCGACUUCGCGUGCAUUCUCGCGGGAAAUAAGUAUCCCCAUGACAACAUAGAUUGAUUACAAUAUGGCGUCCGUCUAGGGACAGCCAGACAUUUCUCCGACACAAAUUUUAUUUUCAUUUCAAUAAAGAUAACAAUGUCGCACAGUACAUACAACAAGCAAUGGUCCGAGGCACAGUCUGCGCUCAUGGAUCUCCUGGUACAGGAGAUGCCAGCAGAACCACCCAAGCCGGAAAGGGAUCGUCUCGCGGCCUUCCAGCUUCUAGCCACAAUGUACAUCAAGUACAUCCAGAUUUUUCGCCGACUUGAGAUGUGCUAUGACCAAAUUGUUCACCCUCAGAAAAGGCGUGUGUUGAGACAUGUGCUUGAUGGGACAAUGGGUAGAAUUCUCGAGUUGAAGCAUGAGAUGGUCAAUCUUGAGUUCUCAGAGUACCAUUACUUUGAUGAUGUGCUCUCAGAUUUGAAACUUACUCCAAAUGAUGUUGAAAUUCCAAUUCCAAAAUACUUCAUCAAUGAGCGACUAGAAGCUCUGAAGGAAAGGGAGAAGUUGCUGGGACAGAUUCUCACCAAAGUUGGACCUCAGGAUAAGGAUAUGAAAGAAGAGGUGAAAAUGUCAUUUGAGGAGGCUAUCCGCUUGGUACAGAUUCAUGAGAGAGCUCGUCAAGGUCGCCUCAGAGCUAAGUUUAUGAGGGAAAUCCGCAGACAGGAGGAAAUCGAAAGACAGGCUCAAACCCGCGGAGCUCCAACACUAGACCCUGAUGUAGCUGCUACAAGAAUUCAGAAGGUUUGGAAAGGAUUUUUCCAGAGAAGAAAAACGAGAAAAGAGAGAGAAGAAGAGAUGAUCUUUAUUGGAAUGGCUCCGCCACCUCAGCCACCAAGUAUGAAGAACACACCUCAAGCUCUGUCGUUGAAAACAGAGCAACAGCGCCGCCUCACACAGAAGAUGCAUGAGAAUGAAUACCAGCAGGCUCUUGUGACAAUCAAGGACAAGAUCAGAGAGACUGAGGGACCAGACAUGAAAGAAACAAUGAUGGACCAGAUCAGACAGUGGUUCAUUGAGUGCAGGGACGCAACGGGGAAAUUUCCGGAGUACCCAGAUGAGGAUGAUGGUGGAUCAGCUGCUAUAUUUAAACAGAAAGAUCCUGCUGAGGUUGAAGCUGAACUGGCCGGAAAGGAGGAUGGAAAGAAAGGGAAAAAGGAUAAGAAAGGAAAGAAGAAGAAGGAUAAAAAAGACAAAAAGGAUAAAAAAGGGAAGAAGGGAAAGAAAGGCAAGGGCAAGGGUGGAGAUGAUGAGGAGGAAGAAGAGGGCUGGAAGAUGGCACCAUCAUCUUUUGUACCCGCAGUUAAUGAUGGUACUGGAACAUACAAAGGUGUUUGGCAGACCCGUAAUGAAUCUGAGAACUUUCCUCAGAAGCACGAUGCGGAGUUGAUCAAGGAAGAGAAACGUAAGGAGGUGGAUGCUGAGGUCCGUGUCCAGGUCGACGAACUGAUGAGAGCUGAACUGAAGAAUCUAAAAGCUGCUGUAGAUAGAGAGAAGGGUGGUAAGAAAAAGAAGAAGUCAGGAAAAAAGAAGAAGAAAAAGAAGAAGAGUGGAAAGAAAGGAAAGAAAAAGAAGAAGGAAAAGGAUUUGACACCAGAUAGAACUAUAGAGUCAUUGUACGAGGAGCUGGUUAUGCAGGGAAUUAUUGUACGUAGUCCACAGAUCAGACUGGCGGACUUUGAGGGAGAGUACAGCUAUCUCGGUACAACCUUGAGACAGGCCAAUAUUGAACCUAUGCCAUCGCUAAGUGAUGUACGAAGACUUGUCACAGAAUUUGGUAUAUUGCCUCUAGGUUCACCUGCAGUACACGAGCAAGCUCCACUCACCAAGUCUAUUUUGCUGUGUGGACCUCGUGGUACAGGCAAAAAGAUGCUUGUACAUGCUAUAUGUAAUGAGACAGGAGCCAACCUCUUUGACCUCUCACCAGCAAACUUAGCGGGAAAAUACCCUGGCAAGGAUGGUCUGAAAAUGUUGAUGCAUCUAAUUUUCAAGGUUGGCCGAGCACUUCAGCCGUCUGUGUUUUACAUUGGUGACUGUGAGAAGAUGUUUAAGAAAAAAAUCCCAAAAACGGAUCCUACUGAUCCAAAACGACUGAAAAAGGAGUUGCCAAAAUCUUUGAAAACAAUAAAAUCAGACGACAGACUGUUACUAGUUGGAACCUCACGAUGUCCGUUUGAUGCAGAGAUGAAGCCGCUGACAGGGUGCUACCAAAGAUUGAUCCUCAUUCCCAGACCAGACUAUGCUUCAAGACAUUUGUUAUGGAGAAGACUUGUAUUAAAGAAUGGUGGAGCUAUAACCAAUUCUCUGGAUGUAAGUUCCCUGGCUAAGGUGACAGACGGUUACACUCCAGGACACAUGCACACAGCAAUAACACAGGUGCUUACAGAUAGACGUAUACAGCAACUGUCAAAGCGUGCUCUCACUGCUGUAGAGUUUAUAGCACCGCUAGCACGUAUAGAUCCAAUAUACAAAGAGGAGGAAGAGUCAUUUAAGGCAUGGUAUGCUAAAACACCACUUGGUAAGAAGCGUGCGAAAGCAGCCCAGGGUGACGACGAGGAUGGGGGAGGAGGUAAAGGUGGAAAAGGAAAGAAAGGCAAGAAAGGGAAAAAGGGAAAGAAAGGAAAAAAGAAAAAGAAAUAAACUUUAUCGCAUUUUUCUUUGUAUUUCUUUCAUGUUACAUGGACUUUGUAUUCAAAAGAAUAUGUUUGAAAUAGUUAUAAUGGUAAUUUUACUUUUGUUGUUCUGUAAGAAAUGAUUAUAUAGGUCAGUUUCCUUCUUGAGAAGUUAAUUACACUGAAUUGUUCAACUGCUGAUAAAAACAAGAGAUAUGCAUGAAAUUUUAAACUGCUGAUUAUGAUAUAUAGAUCAAGUAUUCUUUUAUAAAAAUCUUGUAAGUAUGCAUUCCAUGAGAACUGUUAUUUUUGAAAUUGUGAUAUUCCAUUCUUUUGUGAUAUCCAGUCCACGUUUUAUGAUAUUCCGUCCAUUUAGUUGUGAUAACUAUGUACAAUUAUGUUUAAAAGCUUUGUCAAUAAAAUGUCAUUUUUAAAAUUUAA